GAGGGGGUGGGUGUUUGGAGGAGGGACUCCAUCAUUUAGAGAAGUGAACAGUUCCUGGUUUACCAGUGAAGAAGAAAGAGAGGCAGCGUUAAACCAUCAGAUCCUCCAACAUGAACGUCUGUCAGUCUCUGAUCUGCUUCUUCUUCCUCACACUGCAGGAUGGAAACAUUGGUCUCAUCAAUGCAGAAAUCAUCAAGAGUACAGGAACUGAAGGAGGAAACAUCACAGUUAGAUGCUCCUUCACUUUCUCUGGAAAGAGGAGGAUCUUCUGUAAGGAUGAAUGUAAAGAAGGAGAAAUUCUCAUUGAGACAGAAGAGGACACAGCUCAGAGAGGCAGAUACAGCAUCAGAUAUGAUGGAGGAAUUUUUCCAUUGUUUGAGACAGUUCUGUAUGUGAGCAUCAGAAACCUAACUCAUUCUGACUCAGGACGGUACAGAUGUGGUUUGGACAGAUCUUUCUUCCCAUCAUCAUACCAGGAGAUUGAGAUCCGAGUUACAGAUGCUCCAACCUCUCCUCUCAGACCUUCUUCACCAUCAGUCCCAACAGCCUCCACACUGAUGACAUCACAGAGUUUAAGCUCCACACCUUCAUCAGCCUCCACACUGAUGACAUCACAGAGUUUAAGCUCCACACCUUCAUCAGCCUCCCCUGAAGCCAGUAAGCAGCCUCGACAGAAACACACAAGUACUCUGCUGUAUGUGGGUCUGACUCUGGUCGUCUUCUUCAUCAUGUUAUCAGUAGCUUUGCUGAUUUUCUGCAGGAUGAGAGCCAGGAAACCCAAAGAACCUCCUCUGGAAACUGAGUACUCUAAUGUCACAAAGGCCAACAGAGUGUAUGAGGAGAUCAGAGAGGACAGACAGAGCACAUCUCCUCCUGUAGAAGUGUCUACAGUUUACACUUACGCCAAAUACACCAAACCAGAUGGAGUGGAAACCACAGAGGAGUACAGCUUAGUCACUGCACCCACUUCUCAGAAGAAAACUGAAGACGACCGGAGUGACCUCACCUACUCUGAGCUGGAUGUUCCCAACGGUACAGCUGCCUCGCUGCACAGCGCCCCCUGUGGUGACGCAGAUAACGUGGUCUACUCUGUUCCUCGGGUAGAAGCCAGCUCGGCCGGCAGCCACGCCCAAGACGCUUCACCUCCUCUGUACUCUACUGUUACUUUACAUCAGCUGUAGCUUCAACACUGUCAGCGCCACAUUUACUCUCUCAGGAGCCAACAGGGGACACAAAGUGAUUUGAAUGAGUCACAUUCACUCAAAGAAAUCUGAAAACUAUGUCAGUUACAGCUCACAUUAUGUGAAGAUGAAAUGUUUUUUAUUAGCUCUAUGUGUUUAUUGUUUUUGCACAAAUGUAUCUGUUCUUAUAGCAGUUAUAUAUUAUAUUAUUAUAUAUUGUAUUUAUUCUGUAUUUUUCAAACUAUAGUGGAUGUGUUUAGGUGCUGAAUCCAGUCAUCAUGAGAACAAUGGCCUGUACACAGCUAGCCACCUGUAAGGUCACCCACCUGUCACUCAACGCAGCCACACCCUAAUUAUGCAGAACUUUGAAGCUGUGAUAGGCAGUAAUUUUUGGGCAUUAUUGGGCAAACAUUCCAUAUAUCCAUUCCAAUAUUCCAAUCAUCUUUCAGCAUAUUGUAAUUCAAGUGCUCUGACAGAAAACUAGACUUCUGCACCUCCUCUAGAAAAUCUAGCCUGUGACGGGAGACUUUGGCCAAUCACAGGUCAUUUCAGAGAGAGAGAGAGAGAGAGAGUUCCCAUUGGCUGUUCUGUUGCAUGCAUUGCCCAGGUGACAGAGAGGGGAGACAGAGAGCUGCAGGAAGAGGUCUCACUCUACUUCAAAUUCUGGCAUUUUUUCUUUUCUUUCUACCCCCUGCAGCUUUAAGCUCUCAUAUAAUUUAAAGAGUUAUGAAAGAAGGAUUACACUGUACCAAUUGUUACUGCAUACUUUCUAUAGACACAAAACUGUAACAACUUUUUAAAUAAUAAUAAAUCAUAUUCUUCAUGUUGCAUAAAGUAUCAGUUUUCUACAGAAAAAUGAAAAUAAAAAAAUGAAAAAAAUCAGCCGCCAUUUAGGUUUUUUCUAUUAAAACACAAUGCCUAAACGGAUUUCUGAAAAAAAGUUGAUCAUUUGAAGCUGGUUAAACUGGUAGAUAAAAAUAAAGAAUAAACAUAAAAG